UUCCCAGUGCAAGACUUUGGCUGGAUGGAGGAAGAGAAGGCUGUGAGGAAGAGGAGGAUGCCCCAGGACCCCCAGGCAGACAAGGAGCCUAGGGAGGACAAAUCCCCUCAGCAGAACCUCGUGGAAGAGGCUGUUUUGAGCGGCUCCAUGGCACAGGAAUGCAACGGGGAGGAAAAGCCGCGGAGAUCCCGCCCGAGGAGGGGCUCCAAACCCAUGCCAGGGUGCUCCAAGGAGGAAGGACCCACCCUGUGCCAGGAAGGCAGCCAGAGAUGUGGCCAGAGCUCUGAGCUGGUGGUGCAUGAACAGCUUCACAAUGGCAAGAAGCUGCACCAGUGCUUGGAAUGUGGGAAGAGUUUCUGUGCAAAGUCCAGCCUGGUCCGGCACCAGAAGAUCCACACUGGGGAGCAGCGCUACGAGUGUGGGAAAUGUGGGAAGCGCUUCAGAGAUACCUCUAACCUGAUGAUCCACCUGAGAGUCCACACUGGGGAACGGCCCUAUGAGUGUGGGGAGUGUGGGAAGAGCUUCACUCGGAGCUCUAAAUUGAUUGUCCACCAGAGGAUCCACACUGGGGAACGGCCCUAUGAGUGUGGGGAGUGUGGGAAGUGCUUCACUACGAGCUCCAACCUGAUUGUCCACCAGAGGAUCCACACUGGGGAACGGCCCUAUGAGUGUGGGGAGUGUGGGAAGUGCUUCACUACGAGCUCCAACCUGAUUGUCCACCUGAGAGUCCACACUGGGGAACGGCCAUAUGAGUGUGGGGAAUGUGGGAAGAGCUUCACUGAGAACUCCACUUUAUCCAAGCACAGGAGGAUCCACACUGUUGAACGGCACUAGAAAUGUGGAGAAUGUGGGAAAGGCUUUAUGAAGAGCUCCCACCUCAAACACCACCAGAUGCUGUGCACUGGAAUCUGACCCUGUGUGUGUGGGGAGAGCGGGAACAGCUUCUGUGACAGCUCUGGCCUGAUCAUGCAGCAGACAGUGCACACUGGGGAAUGCCCCUACACGUGCUCAGAAUGUGGGAAGAGCUUCAUCCAGCACUGCAAGCUGUUUGUCCACCGGCAGAUGCACAGUGGAGAGAGGUCCUAACAAUGUCCUGAGUGUGGGAAGAUCUUGUCCCAGAGGUGUGGCGUGACCCAUGAGCAGUGGAGGCAGCAGGAAGGGAAGCCCUGCAAGUGCCCCGCGUGCGGGAAGAGCUUUGUGCGCUGCUCCAACUCCAUCCCCCGUUGGAGGAGCCCAUUGGAUGAUCCCCAGUGAGCCGUGUUGUGCAGAGCCUUGGGGAUCCACGGUCCUGGUGAUCCAUGGUGGGAAGACAGCUGGCUGGUGGUCUGCACAUCUUCCUGGCCCCCUGUGGGCACCUGGAUGCAAAAGGAGCUCAAGGGGACAUGGCCAUGGAUGGUGACAUGGACAUGGAUGGAGACAUGGGGGUGACAUGGACACGGGUGGGGACAUGGAAGGCCAA